UGGGUGCCCGGAAGUUAUGCGGGAACUACGCUUCCCAGCGUCCCUGGCGCUAGCGGGAGGACGGGCUGCGGCGUUUUCCUGCACCAUGGCGCUGCUGGGCAGGCUGCUGUUGCCAGCGUGGGUCACUUUGAGCCGGGGGCAGAGUUGCAGCUCGUCGGCCAGUCUAGAGGGCGCCGCGCGCACGCGCUCCUACUGGCGGUACUUGAGGCGCCUAGUGUGGGGAGCGCCGCAGCCGCCAUAUACACGCGUGUGCCAGGUAGGGGAUCCGGUGCUGCGCACCGUGGCGGCCCCUGUGGAACCCAAGCAGCUGGCGGGGCCGGAGCUGCAGCGGCUGGUGGAGCAGCUGGUGCAGGUCAUGCGACAGCGUGGCUGUGUGGGCCUGAGUGCGCCUCAACUGGGAGUGCCGCUGCAAGUGCUGGUGCUCGAGUUCCCGGACAGGCUCUUCCGUGCCUUCUCACCACGCCUGCGCGAGCUGCGUCAGAUGGAACCCUUUCCGCUUCGUGUGCUGGUGAACCCCAGCCUGAGGGUGCUGGACAGCCGCCUAGUCACCUUCCCCGAGGGCUGCGAAAGUGUCGCCGGCUUUCUGGCGUGUGUGCCUCGUUUCCAGGCAGUGCAGAUCUCAGGACUGGACCCAAAAGGAGAGCCAGUGGUGUGGUCAGCAAGUGGUUGGACAGCCCGAAUCAUCCAGCAUGAGAUGGAUCAUUUGCAUGGAUGCUUGUUCAUCGACAAGAUGGACAGUGGGACAUUUACCAAUCUUCACUGGAUGGAGGUGAAUGACUGAAGCUCUCCUUGAAUUGGAAUCUGGAAACCCAGCAUCCAGGCCAAGGUGGUCACAUCUUGUGCUUCAGUUGGGAAUGGCUCCAGUCUGACAGUAAACAGUGGCCUGACUGCUGGUGUGUGCUGGACUGAGAUAAGUGAUAGAAAUUCUUGCCCUAAAAUCAGAUCUGACGGAAUAUGAUUACAGCACGAGUACAGAUAGACCCUUGAAGGAGGCGCAGCUAUUUCCUCAGUUUCCCAUGGAGAGAAGUGGGCAGGUAAACAUUCUCGGUGCAAAUGACUUCGUGGGACAACACAUUCUACCCGCACAGCCAACGCUUGAUAAGAAGGUAGUCCAGG